CAGUUAACUGAUAAUCAGCUGAGACCUUUGAUUUGUAAGACAAUGCAGAGAUCAAUAUAGGAGGAAACGUUGUAUAUUAAUGGUUUUGCGCAACAAAAUGGCAAGCUGCGGUCCACCAACACAAGAUGAGAGAUUCAGAGAGAUACUGACAUGUCCAAUAUGCCUGGAACAGUUCACAGAUCCGAAAGUAUUGCCUUGCCUACAUACAUUUUGUCUCGGUUGUGUAGACACUUGGGCGACAAAGCAUCAGAAUGGCACAAAACUGCCUUGUCCAGUUUGCAAGGAGGAGAUGGACAUACCAGAUGGGGGCCUAAAAGCAAUUAAACCUAACUUCCUCUUCAACACUCUUCACGAUGCAUUGAGUAUGUCCAAAGAUGGUGUCACUGACGAGCAGUUUUGUGAUAUAUGCUGUGAAGAUGGCGAAAAUGUUAAAGCCGAGAAGCGAUGCAUGGAUUGUGAUGAACAUCUGUGCCAAAACUGCACAAAGCUUCACUUGAGAAUGAAGUCAUCAAGGCAUCAUAAAAUGAUUCUACUCACAGGGGAUGUGGCAAAAGAUGUAAAACAUACAAUUGCUGCACUUCCUGAGCGUAGCGUAUAUUGCGAGAAACACCCACAAGAAGUGUUGAAGUAUUUCUGUAAAGAUGACAGCUGUGUGAUUUGCUCAACAUGCUAUGUGACCACUCAUAGUGGACAUUCAUGCUCCGAUGUAGUUGAAGAAGGAACAAACGUGAAAGAACGUAUAGCCAAGCUGCUAAAGACCGUUGAAUCAAAGAUAACUACAUACUGUGACAGAGUAAAGCAAAUACAAGAGUCCAAACAAAAUGAAGUUGAUGAUUUGAAAAGAGAGAUUUCUAAUGAAAAGGAAAAGUUCAUGAAGCAUGUUGAGAACUAUUACGAUAAGCAGCUUACAAAGGUUUGUGAACUUUGGGAGCAGACUGUGAAGAAAAUUGAAGCUUUUGGACAAAAAACAGAUGACUUGAAGGAAACAAAACAAUUCUUGGAAACUCUUGAAGACCACGGCCAUAUUACAGAGGUAAUUCGUUUUUCCCCUGAAGUUGACCAGAAAUCAGAAGAAUUGAAUGACGAAAGGGUCCUUGAUACACUUAUCCAGGAUGUAGGGCUAUGUAUUUUCCAACCGGGUGAGGUUGAAUCAGAACAAAGAUUGGCGAUGGGAAAGCUGAAGGAAGAAUUAGAGGGAGUUCCAAAUCAAAUGCCCGAUGAGCAAUCGAACAAAGAAGCCACGGCCUUGUUACCAGGUGCACCUAGAGAUCAAGAGGAUGAAAUCACGUCAGCCCUGCUACUGAAGGACUUUUCUUGGAUUUCAUCUAUCAAAUCUAUGGCUGUCAAAUCAAAUGGUGAAAUUGCUAUAAUAAGAGGGGAGUUCAGUGAUGAUGUACAGGUCUAUGAAAAAUCGAUGAGAGAUCUCAAUAAUGGCAAUAUUGCAGCCGUUGAUGAGGAUGCGAUUUUCCGCAUCAAUGGUUUCAAAAGUUACGUCAUUGAUUCCUGGCGGGGUAUCAAAUAUGAUAAUCCGAUUGCCAUGGCAGUGAAUAGCCAAGAUGAAGUUGUUCUUAUCUUUGGAGGGAGGGGGAAUAUCGUUUUGGCUUCUUUAGAUGGCGAUGAAAAUGUUGUAAAUUGUUGGUUGAAGGAGCCCAAAGAUAUUUGUGUGGACGCAUCUGAUAACAUUAUUAUAGCUGACACUGGUAAUAAAACCGUUCAAGUUAGGGAUUCAAAAGGGAAACUAAUAUCAAAGAUUCUCAAGGGCGUUGAAUGUACCUCUGUGGCCAUAACCAAUGAAGGAAACCUACUCUGUGGUACAGAUGAUGGGAAAAUAUACAAGACCGGAUACAUUUAAAAUUACUAACUUAAUCACACAAAAACUGCGAAAGUAGAUGUGAUAAUCACGCUUGUCAGUCUAUGUUAGUUGACAUUGACUUCUAUAAAAAUGUUGAGGUAACUGUUGGUUAUAUUACGUCCGUUUAUAAAGAAUUAUGGAAUAAAGAUCGUGAUUGUUUGAA